AUGGCAACUGAAAAAGCACCUGAAACUUCGUCCGCCUCCAAGAGCGAUGUCGAAGUAUUCCAACUUGAAACACUUUCCUUAAAUUACCUACAAAGUCAAAAUAUUUCAACAAUUCCGGAUGAUAACAACAUACCAAAACUCCACCCGUGCAAGCUCUUCAAUAAAGCUAUACUUAAUUUCCGAUUCAAAGCUUUCACUGUGUUGUGUUCCGGUAUUGAGCUUUUUAAAGAAGAAACCGCACUUGCUUCUGGAGAAUGUGGGGUGCUGCCCAAAAGUCCGGAUAAAGGGGUGGCCUCCCAGCAAUUAAAUGUAACCAUUACUGACGAAGAUGAUAAUGGCGGUUUUGAGAUUAUGCGAAGUAUGGGGUUAAUAGAAGAGGAUGAAGUUACAGCUGAGCAAACAAAACAAGUUAAUACAAAGGAUCAAACAAUAGUCCUUACUGUGAAUAAUUCUAUCUCUAUGCAAGAUUAG